UUUCUAAAAUGGCUGCGCCUAGAGAAGACACGGAGCAGACCGACUAUGGGUCUGCAACUAAGCCGUGUACGGCCAGGACGUGUUUUGAUUUCGCCACUUUCAUGAAAAUGCAAGGAAAGACCAUUGAAAAGAAAAUGGAAAAGAACAAGACUAAGCAGAAAGAAUGUCCACUAGAUAAAGACAGUUUGGGGCGAAACACGUGGUCAUUCCUUCACACAAUGGCCGCUUACUAUCCGGAAAAACCCACUGAAACACAACAGAAAGAUAUGUCCAAUUUCAUCCAUCUUUUCUCCAAGUUUUUUCCAUGCGACUACUGUGCAGAAGACCUUCGCAAGGAACUGAAGACAAACAAACCAGAAACAGCAUCACGUGAAGAGCUCUCGCAGUGGAUGUGUAGAUUACAUAACAAAGUGAACAAAAGAAUCGGGAAGCCUGAGUUUGACUGUAGUCUCGUGGACGAGAGGUGGCGAGAUGGAUGGAAAGACGGAAGUUGCGGAUAACUACCUCAGUAUUUAGGGAUCUUCUAACUGUGAUAUUUGAACGGCAUUUUUGCUUUAUUUUACUUAAACUGGGCUCAAAAUGCAGAGAGAGAGAGAAACUGUAUGUAUCUGUUUAUUAUACACAUUUGUUGCAUCAUGAAUAAAUCAACAUUAAUGUACAA